CAGCGCUGCCCGACCUGACAGGCUCGUCCCUGCUGCAGACACUCAGCAGGUGACUCGCUCCAUCACACUACGCAGCGUCUGGGAACGCCAUGCCUCUCCAGUCCACGCUCUCCGGCCGGGGCUCCGGCUCUCAGAAGGCCAUAGACACCCAGUCGGACGGCAAGUCCUUCGAACAGCUGAGGCGUGAGUGUCUGCAGAAGGGAGUCCUGUUUGAGGAUCCGGACUUCCCUGCCACUGACUCCUCUCUCUUCUUCAGCCAGAGCUGUCCCGUCAGCAUCGAGUGGAAGAGGCCUAAGGAGAUCUGUGACAACCCCAGGUUCAUCGUUGGCUCAGCAGACCGCACGGACAUCUGCCAGGGACAGCUGGGAGACUGCUGGCUCCUGGCAGCCAUCGCUAACUUGACCCUCAAAAAGGAUGCUCUGGCCCGCGUCGUCCCCCAUGACCAGGACUUUGACCGUAACUAUGCCGGUAUUUUCCACUUCCAGUUCUGGCAGCACAACAAAUGGCUGGACGUCGUGGUGGACGACCUUUUGCCAUCGGUCAGAAAUAACCUCAUCAUGGUUCACUCGGCCUCCAACAACGAGUUCUGGAGCGCUCUGCUGGAGAAAGCCUACGCCAAACUGCAUGGCAGCUACGAGUCCCUGAAAGGCGGCAGCACUAUGGAGGCCAUGGAGGACUUCACAGGCGGUGUGGGUGAAAUGUACGAUACCAAGGACGCUCCAGACAACUUUUAUUCUGUCAUGAAGAAGGGCAAGGACAGAGGAUCUAUGAUGAGCUGCUCUAUCAAUACCUCCAGCUCUGCAGAGUCAGAGGCCAAAUUACCCAACGGUCUGGUGAAAGGACACGCGUACUCCAUCACAGGUCUGGAGGAGGUGAACUAUAGAGGGCGGAAGGUCAAGUUAAUCCGCAUCAGGAACCCCUGGGGUCAGGUCGAGUGGAACGGCCCCUGGAGCGACAAGUCUGGAGAAUGGGAUUAUGUGGACAAAGCAGAUAAAAAUCGUAUUCUGCAGAAUUCAGAUGACGGAGAGUUCUGGAUGGACUUUGAGGACUUCAAGAGGAACUACGACAAAGUGGAGAUCUGCAAUAUGACCCCGGAUGCUCUGACUGACUCGAAGCGUCACUGGGAGGUCAACAUGUUUGAGGGAAACUGGAUCCGUGGAUCCACAGCUGGCGGCUGCAGGAACUACAUUGACACAUUUUGGACGAACCCACAGUUCAAGCUGAAGCUGGAGGACGCCGAUGAUGAGGACGACAUGUGCAGCGUGGUGAUCGCUCUGAUGCAAAAAAACAGGAGAAAGCUGAGGAAGGAGGGCCUGGACCUGGAGACCAUCGGCUUUGCAGUGUACGAGGCCCCAGAAGGUGAUGACUACCUGGACAAAGACUUCUUCCGUUACCACGCAUCCAAGGCCCGCAGCAAGACCUACAUCAACAUGCGUGAGGUGGCGGAGCGCUUCACGCUGUCUCCUGGCUCCUAUGUCCUGGUGCCCACCACCUUCCAGCCCCACCAUGAGGCCGACUUCCUGGUCAGGAUCUUCUCAGAGAAGAAAGCCGGAGCUGUGGAGAUGGGGAGCAAUGUUGAUGCUGACCUGCCAGAUCCACCACUGCCAAGUGCUCCAGAGGAGGAAACAGACGAGGAGAAAGGCCUGAGGAGACUGUUUGACCAGCUGGCAGGAGACGACCAGGCUAUCUCUGUCAGAGAGCUGCAGCAGAUGCUGAACGGCGUUCUCAGCAGACGAAAAGAGAUCAAAUUUGAAGGCCUGAGUCUGAGCACCUGCCACAGCAUCAUGAACCUGAUGGACGUGGACGGCACGGGAAAGCUGGAGUUCCAAGAGUUCAAGGUCUUCUGGGAAAAGAUGAAGAAGUGGAUCAUGCUCUUCCUCUCCUUUGACACGGAUCGUUCUGGAAAAAUGUCGUCCUAUGAGCUUCGUAUUGCUCUCAAAGCUGCAGGCAUGCACCUGAACAACGAUCUCCUGCAGCUGGUCGGCCUGAGGUUUGCAGACAAUAAAUACGACAUCGACUUCGACGACUACCUCACCUGCAUCGUCCGACUGGAGAACAUGUUCCGAGUUUUCCAGGCCAUGGAUGUAAACAAGCGGGGCCGUGUGAAAAUGAACAUCAUGCAGUUCCUGAUGUUGUCGAUGAACGUCUGAGGAGAAGCAAACUGACGCCGCCAGAAGAACAAAACCAGGCAAUAAUGGUGCAAUUUGGAUUUUCUUUUUGGAGCAGCCGAUUCUUAACAUCUGUAUUUUUUUAGCUGAUAAUGUGAGAUGUUUUCUGAGGGAUCGCAUGUUUAAGUUUACAAACUUAGCUUUGGACUAAAGAGUUUUAUUUUCUCUGC